AUUCUUCACUGCUCUCUUUCCCCUAUCUCUCUCCUAAUCAAUCAAUCUUUGUGGUUUUCAUUAGCCAGAAGAAAAAAAAAAUGGUGGAGCAAAAAAGAUACGCUCUGUUUCUAGCGACUUUGGACUCAGAGUUCGUGAAGAAAACUUACGGAGGAUACCACAACGUGUUCGUGACAACUUUCGGAGACGAAGGAGAGCAUUGGGACUCAUUUAGGGUCGUCAGCGGUGAGUUUCCUGACGAGAAAGAUCUUGAGAAGUACGAUGGCUUCGUUAUCAGUGGAAGCUCUCAUGAUGCCUUUGAGAAUCAUGAUUGGAUCCUUAAGCUCUGUGAUAUCGUCAAGAAAAUCGACGAGAUGAAGAAGAAAAUUCUUGGCAUCUGUUUUGGUCAUCAGAUCAUAGCCAGGGUAAGGGGAGGAACAGUUGGAAGAGCAAGAAAGGGACCAGAACUAAAACUUGGAGACAUAACCAUCGUGAAGGAUGCGAUUACACCUGGGAGUUACUUCGGAAACGAGAUUCCUGACAGCAUGGCAAUCAUCAAAUGUCACCAGGACGAAGUGUUGGUGCUGCCGGAAACUGCUAAAGUGCUAGCUUAUUCCAACAACUACGAGGUGGAGAUGUUCUCGAUUGAGGAUCAUUUGUUCUGUAUUCAAGGACAUCCUGAGUAUAACAAAGAGAUUCUCUUCGAGAUUGUUGAUCGUGUUCUUGCUCAAGGCUUCGUCAAGCAAGAAUUUGCUGAUGCGGCUAAGGCAACGAUGGAGAACAGGGAAGCAGACAGGAAGCUUUGGGAAACGAUUUGCAAGAACUUCCUCAAAGGCAGAGUUCCAACUAAUUAGUUUUAGAACCAAAUUAUCAAGUUGGCUCUUGUCAUAUUGGAACAAUAUUUAUGGAUUUAUUAUCUUGCUUUAUUUCUGAUUAAUGUAUAACCUAUUAAUCUGGGCGUGACUUAUUUGUGUGUUAUUAUACCCAUGAUAAAUGAAUAAGAAGAAACGAAGUUAUUUAAA